AACUGACUUUUGAAACAGUGACGACAAUUGGUGUUUGAUCAAAAUCCGUCAUCUGAUCGGGAGCUAUUAUGGUUCUAAAACCAAGGGAUCGUUCCAGAAACCAGAAUAGCAGCACGCCUGCAAACGGGUCUGUCUGUCACCAUCACUGUGAUUCGGUGGAUGAUCAGAAACUAGUCUCACGGUGAAUUGGCUUAUCCACUUAGUGUGAUUAUGUGAAACAAUGUUCUGCUUCUAGUCAUCAGGCAGUAGUGAUCUUAUCAUCUUAAUCAACCCCAGGCUCUUGAGAAGCCCCUAGUCUGUUUACAUAUUGCGAAUGGCUGAGCUGUGCACACACAAGUCAUGAGGCAGUAGUGCGCUUGAUAAACCCCAGGCUCCUUUCAGAGAAAGUUCAGGGAUAUUCCCACUCAGUGGCCCAGAACAUCUUGUCUGAUAUGCACGGAGCGCAUACGUUUAAUAUGCAAAAGUGAGUUCAUGGGAACGCUGUACACGAUGGGCUGAACCACCACGAAGGAUAGCAUAAAGAAAGUCAGGCUGUUUUGGUCUCAUCAUCUCCGUUUGUUCAAUGAAGUCAUUGCCACUCAUAGGAGCCCUGUCAUCAGCUUGCCACUUGAUGUUUUCAAUUGCUGUACCAGUUGCAAGGUCCAUGGAUUUAAUCUUUGCCUCACCUACUCCGAAUGGAGGUUGUUCACUGGAUUCCUGUCUCAGUCCCUGAUCCGACCUUUCUGUAAACUGCGCUUUGUAUCACAUCCUUAACAUGAAUGAUAGACCACUACAGUAAUCAGUAUGUAGUGACGGAUAGAUUCCUGAAUGCGAGAGCUGUUACAAUGUUAAUCUAGCUAAAAUGUUACUCCGUCAGAUAGGCUGAGGAAAGUCCCCUUUAUUUUGUUAUUUUGUUGCAGGAGAACCAACUCCUUUGCUCCACGCAACAACUCAGUAAUGAUCCACCAACUAUACUGCUUCUAACAUUGAAGUAGCUUUUUUUAAAAAAAAAAAUCAGUUAUUCUUUUAUAAGGACUACACUAUGAAGGAAUGGAAAAGUAACUUUGCUCAAGUAAUAUUCAAAAAUUGAAAUGAUAUUACUGUACUUACUUACAUACAGUUCAUCAAUGGCCAAAGCACCGCCAAUGAUUUUAAAAAGCAGGAGAUGAGAUAACAUAUGCUCCAAAGUCAUCUUUCUCCUCGCCGUCCUAUGGUGUAUCCUAACGUGGCUCCGUCUAAACAAUCACAAUAAGCACAAAAACUUGGCGAAUUAGGGCGGUUGGUCGGCCAAUAUCAGCCACAAAACACGAUCAAAAUUUGAAUUAUCAAUGUUGUGGUGAUCAUUGCACACCGCCCAUAAUAUUGUAAUGCACAGUUGAGGCAUGGCACCAGGUCAUUAGCGCCUUAGGACGAGUAUUUAAGCACACUAAGCACAAGGAACUCCUCGCAUCAGAUAAGCCAGCCGUCUCCUCUGAAUAAGCAGCCCAAGGGCUCCUCUACUACUGUCAGAGAGAACCAGAGAAGCAGGGGAAAAGAUGGUGAAGCUUGCAUUUGGAAGCUUGGGCGACUCUUUCAGCGCGGCGUCCCUCAAGGCCUAUGUCGCCGAAUUCAUUGCCACGCUCCUCUUCGUGUUCGCCGGCGUCGGCUCCGCCAUUGCCUACUCGCAAUUGACAAAGGGCGGCGCGCUGGACCCCGCCGGCCUGGUGGCCAUCGCCAUCGCCCAUGCGUUCGCGCUCUUCGUCGGUGUCUCCAUGGCCGCCAACAUCUCCGGCGGGCACCUGAACCCCGCCGUCACCUUCGGCCUCGCCAUCGGCGGCCACAUCACCAUCCUCACCGGCAUCUUCUACUGGGUCGCCCAGCUGCUCGGCGCCUCCGUGGCGUGCCUUCUCCUGAAGUUCGUCACCCACGGAAAGGCCAUCCCGACGCACGGCGUGUCCGGCAUCAGCGAGAUCGAGGGCGUGGUGAUGGAGAUAGUGAUCACCUUCGCGCUGGUGUACACCGUGUACGCCACCGCGGCGGACCCGAAGAAGGGCUCCCUGGGCACCAUCGCCCCCAUGGCCAUCGGCUUCAUCGUGGGCGCCAACAUCCUGGCCGCGGGGCCCUUCAGCGGCGGCUCCAUGAACCCGGCCCGCUCCUUCGGCCCCGCCGUGGCGGCCGGCAACUUCGCCGGCAACUGGGUCUACUGGGUUGGCCCGCUCAUCGGCGGCGGCCUCGCCGGGCUCGUCUACGGCGACGUGUUCAUCGCUUCCUACCAGCCCGUCGGCCAGCAGGAGUACCCAUGAGCAGCACGGUCUGCUCGGAGCCAGGGCCCACGGUCCAUUGUGUCAGUUCCAUCGUCGUCGUCACCUCGCCUCCUCGCCUUGUGAUUAUGUUCGGUCCCCUUUGCAUUUCCCUUUUGGAUUUCACCAACGACGAUGCAUGCCAACAAGUUGUAUGAGAACCGUUCGAUCUAUAUAUACACGUACGGUUCAACGUUCCCAAGUACAACAACAA